GUCGGUGACGUCAAAGGUUUAGAAGUGAAAGUAAAAAGUUGUUCAUCUUCCGCCAUUUUAAACGGGAAGGGUGGAUUUCUUACAAUACUGUCGUAUCGUUGUGGAUAUCAGAUUGAUCAGAUUCACCUCCAUGCAGCUCCAUCAUGGACCUUUUUCAAAUAUUAAGUUCAGAUCAUCAGAAGGGAUCAGAUUCUGAUUUAAGCGGUGACUCAAUGAAGAGUGAUGGCUCUAUGGAGCCACCACUACACUUCAGACGUUUACGGACUCUCAGUUCAGAUCGUCAGAACAGAUCAGAUUCUGGCUCAAGCGGUGACUCAAUGAAGAGUGAUGGGUCUAUGGAGCCACCACUACACUUCAGACGUUUACGGACUCUCAGGUUGAGGGAGUGUAAUAUCACAGCCGAAGAUUGUAUUGGUCUGUCUUUAAAUCUGACAUCAAACCCAUCACACCUGACACUACUGGAUCUGUCUGAUAAUAAUAUUGGAGAUUUCGGAGUGGAGUUUAUCUCUUAUGGUUUGAAGAAUCCCGACUGUAAACUGCUGAUACUGGGGUUGAGGAGUUGUAAUAUCACAGCUAAAAGUUGUGUUGCUCUGACUUCAGCUCUAACAUCAAACCCAUCACACCUGACACUACUGGAUCUGUCUGAUAAUAAUAUUGGAGAUUCAGGAGUAGAGUUGAUCUCUGAUGUACCGAGGAAUCCUGACUGUAAACUGCAGAUACUGAGGUUGAUAAGAUGUAAUAUCACAGGUGAAGGUUGUGUUGCUCUGACUUCAGCUCUGAUGUCAAACCCAUCACACCUGAGAGAUAUGGAUCUGUCUAGGAAUAAACUCACAGAUUCAGGAAUGAGGCUGAUCUCUGAUGUACUGAAGAAUCCUGACUGUAAACUGGAGAUACUAUGGUUGUGUGAUUGUGAUAUCACAGAUGAAGGUUGUGUUGCUCUGUCUUCAGCUCUGAGAUCAAACCCAUCACAUCUGAGAGAACUGAAUCUGUCUGGGAAUAAACUCACAGAUUCAGGAGUGAAGCAGAUCUCCGAUGUAAUAAAAGAUUCUCACUGUACACUGCAGAAAAUGGGGUUGUGGGAUUUUAAUAUCACAGCUGAAGUUCGUUUUGUUCUGACUUUAAAGCCCUUUAAAGCAAAACUGAUUCUGUCUUAUAAUAAUCUUGGAGAUUCAGAAGUGAAGGUGAUCUCUGAUGAACUGAAGAAACCUGACUGUAAAGUGGAGGAACUGGAGUUGAGGGAGUGUAAUAUCACAGAUUGUGUUGCUCUGACUUCAGCUCUAACAUCAAACCCAUCACACCUGACACUACUGGAUCUUUCUUAUAAUAAUAUUGAAGAUUUAGGAGUGGAGUUGAUCUCUGAUGUACUUAGGAAUCCUGACUGUAAACUGCAGAUACUGAGGUUGCAGUCUUGUAAUAUCACAGGUGAAGGUUGUGCUGCUCUGACUUCAGCUCUGACGUCAAACCCAUCACACCUGAGAGAUAUGGAUCUGUCUAGGAAUAAACUCACAGAUUCAGGAAUGAGGCUGAUCUCUGAUGUACUGAAGAAUCCUGACUGUAAAUUGGAGAUACUAUGGUUGUAUGAUUGUGAUAUCACAGAUGAAGGUUGUGUUGCUCUGUCUUCAGCUCUGAGAUCAAACCCAUCACAUCUGAGAGAACUGAAUCUGUCUGGGAAUAAACUCACAGAUUCAGGAGUGAAGCAGAUCUCUGAUGUAAUAAAAGAUUCUCACUGUACACUGCAGAAAUUGGGGUUAUGGAGUUAUAAUAUCACAAAAGAAGGUCGUUUUUUUCGGACUUUAGAGCCCUUUAAAGCAAAACUGAUUCUGUCCAAUAAUAAUCUUGGAGAUUCAGAAGUGAAGCUGAUAUCUGAUGGAUUGAAGAAUCCUGACUGUAAAGUGGAGGAACUGGAGUUAAGGAAGUGUAAUAUCACAGAUUGUGUUGCUCUGACUUCAGCUCUAACAUCAAACCCAUCACACUUGACACUACUGGAUCUGUGUGAAAAUAAUAUUGGAGAUUCGGGCUUGAAGCUGAUCUCUGAUGUACUGAGGAAUCCUGACUGUAAACUGCAGAUACUGAGGUUGGUGAGUUGUAAUUUCACAGCUGAAGGUUGUGCUGAUCUGUCUUCAGCUCUGACAUCAAACCCAUCACACCUAAGACAUCUGGGACUGUCUAAUAGUAAUAUUGGAGAUUCAGGAGUGAAGCUGGUCUGUGAUGUACUGAAGAAUCCUGAUUGUAAACUGGAAUGGCUGGAGUUGAGUGAUUGUAAUAUCACAGAUGAAGGUUGUGUUGAUCUGACUUCUGCUCUGAGAUCAAACCCAUCACACCUGAGAGAACUGGAUCUCUCUGAGAAUAAACUCACAGAUUCAGGAGUGAAGCCACUCUGUAAUCUAAUGGAUGAUCCACAUUAUAAACUGAAGAAGUUAAUUUCAGUUCAUCAAAAGAGAUCAGAUCCAGAGCCCAGCUGUGUGUCUAUGAAGACUGACCUGUCAAUGGAUCCACCAGUGCAUUUUAAGAGUGAAGAUACACAACCUGCUGACAGUUCAGUUCAUCAGAAGAGAUCAGAUCCAGAGCCCAGCUGUGUGUCUAUGAAGACUGACCUGUCAAUGGAUCCACCAGUGAAUUUUAAGAGUAAAGAUACACAACCUGCUGACAGUUCAGUUCAUCAGAAGAGAUCAGAUCCAGAGCCCAGCUGUGUGUCUAUGAAGACUGACGUGUCAAUGGAUCCACCAGUGAAUUUUAAGAGUAAAGAUACACAUCCUGCUGACAGUUCAGUUCAUCAGAAGAGAUCAGAUCCAGAGCCCAGCUGUGUGUCUAUGAAGACUGACGUGUCCAUGGAUCCACCAGUGAAUUUUAAGAGUAAAGAUACACAACCUGCUGACAGUUCAGUUCAUCAGAAGAGAUCAGAUCCAGAGCCCAGCUGUGUGUCUAUGAAGACUGACGUGUCCAUGGAUCCACCAGUGCAUUUUAAGAGUAAAGAUACACAACCUGCUGACAGUUCAGUUCAUCAGAAGAGAUCAGAUCCAGAGCCCAGCUGUGUGUCUAUGAAGACUGACGUGUCAAUGGAUCCACAAGUGAAUUUUAAGAGUGAAGAUACACAACCUGCUGACAGUUCAGUUCAUCAGAAGAGAUCAGAUCCAGAGCCCAGCUGUGUGUCUAUGAAGACUGACCUGUCAAUGGAUCCACCAGUGCAUUUUAAGAGUAAAGAUACACAACCUGCUGACAGUUCAGUUCAUCAGAAGAGAUCAGAUCCAGAGCCCAGCUGUGUGUCUAUGAAGACUGACGUGUCAAUGGAUCCACCAGUGCAUUUUAAGAGUAAAGAUACACAUCCUGCUGACAGUUCAGUUCAUCAGAAGAGAUCAGAUCCAGAGCCCAGCUGUGUGUCUAUGAAGACUGACCUGUCAAUGGAUCCACCAGUGCAUUUUAAGAGUGAAGAUACACAGCCUGCUCACAGUUCAGUUCAUCAGAAGAGAUCAGAUCCAGAGCCCAGCUGUGUGUCUAUGAAGACUGACGUGUCAAUGGAUCCACCAGUGCAUUUUAAGAGUGAAGAUACACAACCUGCUGACAGACGAAUCAGAACAGAACCCGAUUGUAAGAAGACGACGACGACUGAGCAAUCUGAGAAUCAACCACAAGACUUCACUGAAAACAUGAGUCCCGAUUUCAGCCACGACUCUAAUCCUGCUGAAGUCCUCAACAAAUUCAGAUCAAAUCUGCGGAAGAAGUUUGAGUGUUUGUGUGAGGUAACAUCAAAGCAGGGGAACCCAACACUACUGAAUGAGAUCUACACAGAGCUCUACAUCACAGAGAGUAAUAGUGGAGAGAUCAAUAAUGAACAUGAAGUGACACAGAUUGAGACACAAUCCAGAAGAAGAACAACAACAACAAAGGAGACAUCAAUCAAAUGUAAUGACAUCUUUAAACCUUUACCUAAAAAACACAAACACAUCAGAAGUGUGCUGACAAAGGGAGUUGCUGGCAUUGGAAAAACAGUCUCUGUACAGAAGUUCAUUCUGGUCUGGGCUGAAGAGAAAGAGAAUCAGGACGUCCACCUCAUAUUUCCACUUCCUUUCAGAGAGAUCAAUUUGAUGAAGGACAAAACACUCAGUCUUUUAGAUCUUCUUCAUCUUUUCUUCCCAGAGACAAAAGAAAUGGAAAUCUUCAGUGAUGAAUAUAAAGUGUUGUUCAUCUUUGAUGGUUUGGAUGAGUAUCGUCUAUCUCUGGAUUUUCACAGCAGUUUGAGGUUGUGUGAUGUUAGUGAAUCAACUUCAGUGGCCGUGAUGCUGACAAACCUCAUCAAGGGGAAUCUGUGUCCCUCUGCUCUCAUCUGGAUCACCUCCAGACCAGCAGCAGCUGAUCUCAUCCCUUCUGAGUGUGUUGAUCGAGUCACAGAGGUACGAGGCUUCAGUGAUCCACAGAAGGAGGAAUACUUCAGGAAGAGAAUCAGUGAUAAGAGUCUGUCUGAUCAAAUCAUCUCACACCUGAAGUCAUCCAGGAGUCUCUACAUCAUGUGUCACAUCCCAGUGUUCUGCUGGAUUUCAGGCACCGUUCUAGAGAGAAUAUUGAGUGAAGCAGAGAGAAGAGAGAUCCCCAAGACUCUCACACAAAUGUACACACACUUCCUGAUCAUUCAGACAAACAUCAAACAUCAGAAGGACUAUGAGAAUAAAGUGAAGGAUGAAGACUUAAUCUUAAAUCUGGGUGAACUGGCUUUUAAGCAGCUUGUGAAAAACAAUCUGAUCUUUUAUGAUGAAGACCUGAGAGAUUGUGGCAUUGAUGUAUCAGAAGCAUCAGUCUACUCAGGAUUGUGUACUCAGAUCUUCAGAGAGGAGUUGGGUUUGUAUCAGGGGAAAGUUUACAGCUUUGUUCAUCUGACUAUACAGGAACAUCUAGCAGCUCUAUAUGCUCACAUCUCCUUUAUAAACAACAACACACCGCUGUUCUUCGAGAACUGUUCACUGACAACAAAUUUUUCUAAAGUACACCAGAAGGCUGUGGAUGAGGCUCUACAGAGUAAAAAUGGACAUCUGGAUCUUUUUCUUCGUUUUCUUCUGGGUUUAUCAGUGGAGUCGAAUCAGAAACUCAUUCGAGAUUUGAUUACACAGAUGACAGAUCACAGCUCUCACAGCAAUGAGGAAACAAUCAAAUACAUCAAACAGAAGAUCAGUGAGGAUCUUUCAACAGAGAAAUUCAUCAAUCUGUUUCACUGUCUGAAUGAACUGGGUGAUCAUUCACUAAUGGAGGAAGUCCAACAUUAUCUGAAAUCUAAAACAAUAUGUAAAACCAAACUCUCUUCAUCUCAGUGGUCAGCUGUAGUUUUUGUGUUGUUGACAUCAGAACAGAAGUUUGAGGAGUUUAGACUGGCAGAUUUUAUCCAAGGAAGAAAACAAACACUGAAAGAACUUCAGCAGCUGUUACCUGUGAUUUGUGAAUCCAGAUUAGUUCAGAUGAUUGCUCGUGGUAUAAUGAAUGAAUAUUUAGUUGCUCUGACUUCAGCUCUGAAAUCAAAUCCAUCACACCUGAGAGAUCUGAAUCUGUCUGAGACUCCUUUUGGAGUUUCAGGAAUGAAGAUGAUCUCUGAUGUACUGAAGAAUCCUCAAUGUAAACUGGGGAGACUGAGCUUGUGGAAUUGUAAUAUCACAGCUGAAGGUUGUGAUGCUCUGACUUCAGCUCUGAAAUCAAACCCAUCACACAUAAAAUAUUUGGAUCUGUCUCAUAAUCAUUUUGGAGAUUCAGGAGUGAAGCUGAUCUCUGAUGUACUGAAGAAUCCUGACUGUAAACUGGAGACACUGAAGUUGAGUAAUUGUAAUAUCACAGAAGAAGGUUGUGAUGCUCUGACUUCAGCUCUGAGAUCAAACCCAUCACAUCUAAUACAUCUGGAUAUGACGAUGAAUGAUCUUGGAGAUUCAGUAAUGAAGUUGAUCUUUGAAGUAAAGAAGAAUCCUCACCGUAAACUACAAGAACUGAAAUUUUCCAAACCGGUGCCAGUGCAGCAGAGUUGAAGCAGACCUGUCAGAAAACAUCUCUAAGGAUGGAACCACACUUCAUCGAACCACAAUUGCUCAAUGAUCCGAGACGCUUUGAUAUUUAUUGGCCUCAGUAAUAUAUAAUGUCUGAGUGUUAUAUUUGUGUGCUCAUACUAAUGUUAUCAUAAUAUCUCUUACUGUUGUUCAUACAGAAAUUUUGACUUCAAUAGAAGCUUACAUUUGUUACAUUUCAUUUAUUUCCUAUCGUUUAUUUUUGUAUUGCAUUUAUCUUAAUGUCCAUAUUCUUAUAUAUCCACUAACACUUACAAAGUUAAAAAUAUUCAUUGUAUUAUAUUUCAUUUCUGUUCAAUGUAAUGUUGCUUCAGUAUUAUCCUCACAAGGACAGAAACUGAUAAGGAAAUAUAUCAGUCUCAAUGGCGAUUUGCAAUAACACCUGAUGAAUCUGUUACUGAUCAAACAAAGUCAGACACACAAUGAAAAGUGUAACCGAAAGUUUAUCAUUUGCAUGUGUUUAUAAACUGCAAAUGUUAACAUUUAAGUGAUUUUAAAAUGUAAGUGCAAGAGAGGCAUCUUACAAAAAGCAGAAUCUGUCUGGACACAAACACAAAAUAACUCUGCUUCUGUUUGUGUCAUUAUGUUCAUGAAAUUUUAUUUAUUUACCUUUAUUUAACCAGGAGAGGUCCCAUUGAGAUUCAGAAUCUCUUUUACAAGAGAGACCUGGCCAAGGUAGCAGCCAAAUCACAACAAAUGCAUAAAUAACAAACACCAAAUUACAUUUUUUUUUAAAUUACAUUAAUUAUUUACUUCUGUUUCUAUUCAUAAAUAUUACUAUUAGACCUUAGGCAACUUUAUUUGUAACUUUGUUUUUUUUGUAUUUUCAUAUGCUUGUAAUUUUACCUUCCUCACCCCCCUUUUUUUGCGGAUCUGGAAAGUAUUCAAUCUGUGACUCAUAAACCGUAAUGUUACCUGUAUUAACCACUAUAGUCCAAGCGUUUUAGGAAAAAAGGGUGAACAAAUUGCAACAGAAUCAAACUCAACUGAUUUUGUAUCGUCCAUAUGUUCUGAGUAAGGAAAAAAGCCUGGAAAAAACCCAUCAGGGUAACGUUCCGAAAAAUACCUAAAUAUAUCCUAUUCAUACGCCUAUUCAAUAUGUUUCCUCACAUGAAUAGGGUCAGGACAUAUUGAGGAUACAAAAUAAAUGAGUUUGAUUCUGUUGCAAUUUGUUCACGGUUGACCCCAAUUUUGGCUUAAAACGGCUGGACUACUACUAUAUUUUUGAUGAGAUUUAGUGCUUAAUGCGAGAACUAUCUAAACCUUGCAAUCUGUAAGAUCUAACAUUUGUAUUGACAUAGCUAUAUUUGGAUCUGUUACUGUAUAUAUGACUGUAUAUUGUGUGUGUUGUUUUCUGCCUUUGUCUAAAUCGGCCAUUCCCAAACUGUGGUCCGCGGACCACUAGUGGUCCGUGAGGGUACUGCAGGUGGUCCAUGUAAAGGCAAUAUAAAUUAAUAUUUUUUUAAGAAUCUGUUGUACUGAUGUGAUGACCAGUUAUAGUUUUAGUGCUAGUAACUCAAGACUUUGUGUAGACAUAUUUUAUUACGAGUAUUAUGAGGUGGUCCGCGAAAAUUCUUGAUUACAAAUAGUGGUCCACAAACAAAAAAAGUUUGAAAACCCCUGGUCUAAAUCACAUAUUUAAGUGUCAGGGCCUGAAAUUUGUUUCUAAAAAUAUUUACUUCUUAGAUGACUGGUAUGAGGGGUUUUAUAAACAGAUUAAAAGAAACAUUUCUCCAUCUUUAGGGGGAGAUAGUUCAUGUAUUUGUAUUGGAGCUUUUUAUUAUUGUUUCAAUGUAGAUUUACAAAGAAGUGCCUAACAAACCUUCCCAAACAAGCCAUAUGUAAGACCAUUAUGAUCUUUCUGUUAGCUGCUUUUUUUCCAGAUACAUAAUGCUGUCAUGCUGAUUUAUAUUCAUAUUGAUGUUUUUUUAUGUCAUAUACAUGCAAAUAUUUACAAUUUGUAACUAACUAGCAGACAGUUUAGCAAAAAAGGAAUAAGUAUCACUAUUUGUGUGUUACAAAUAUUUGCUCCCACACCUCUCUUGAGAUGUAAUGCUAUGAUUUUAUAUACAAAUGACAUCACUGCAUAUGUAAUCAUUUGCAUAACCAUGACUGAAUACCAUGUAAGGCUAUUAUGCACUUUAGAACUUUUAAUAGUUUGUGUGUUGAUGCCUAUAAUCUGCUUGUAUAAGGAAAUAAAGUAAUUCAGACUCAAAUGCA